UCUCCAUGAGCCCUUGAUAGGUGGAGCAAGAAAAAGAGUUAAGAGACACAGAUAUAGAGAGGGAAAAAAAAAGUUGAAAAUGGUGCAAGAGGUAAUCCGAAAGGGUCCAUGGACAGAACAGGAGGACUUCAAAUUGAACAUCUUUGUGGGCUUGUUUGGAGAUCGACGAUGGGACUUUAUAGCCAAAGUUUCAGGUUUGAAGGUGGCGGGAGACAAAUAAUAGGUUUGAACAGAACAGGUAAGAGUUGCAGGUUACGAUGGGUGAAUUACCUGCACCCUGGUCUCAAACGAGGCAAGAUGACACCUCAAGAAGAGCGCCUUGUGCUGGAACUUCAUUCCAAAUGGGGAAACAGAUGGUCAAGAAUUGCCCGCAAAUUACCUGGGCGUACAGACAACGAAAUUAAGAAUUAUUGGAGAACUCAUACGAGGAAAAAGGCUCAAGAGAAGAAACAAGCUACCUCUCCAUCAUCAUCAUCUUCCAAUUGUUGUUCGUCAUCAGCAAGCAAUCCCACUGUGGAUUCAUUGCCCUUCCCAGAGACUGGAGAAGAGAGAUUUUAUGACACAGGAGGUCCAGAUGUAAUAGCUGCAGCAGAAAAGCAGAUGGAAGAAGAGCAAGCGGGUGAAAAGGGAUACUCCAUGGAUGACAUAUGGAAAGAUAUCGCUCUGGCAGAAGAGAACUAUAUAAAACCAGUCCAGGAUAGCUAUAGUGUAGAAGGUAGUUUCUCUUGUCCUCCUUUGGCUUCUCCAUCAUGGGAGUACUGUUUGGACUCGCUAUGGAAGGUGGAUGAAGAAGAGGGUAAGAUGUCUCUGCCCAUGAGUGAUCAAUUUCUUCCAAGCUACGGAUAUUGGGGAGCAUCUCUAACAGGCUAAUCACAAUUUUAUUUAUUGAAAUUUGUUUAUAAAUGUAAUAUUGUCCUAAGGAAGCUCUAACCUGUAUAGUGUGGGUUUUCUCUAAGCUUUUUGAUUCAGUUCUGCAUCAUUUCAAAUCACUGUAAUCAUCUCAUGCAUAACAGUAGUCUAUCCCUGUGUUUUGUGUGUUUUCACUUUUCAGAGAGGAAGAGAUAACCUCAUCAAACCUCCCAUAAGGAGGUUGGUAAGUUCAUGGAUGUAAUGUAUAAUACGCCUUGUAACUUUUCAAUAAAGCUGGUACCGUUUAAUGUUA